GUGUGGCUUUUGAAUGAUGCCUAUGAUGUUGAACACCGGGCCUACUUGAUGUCGGAGAAGCGGAUGAAGCUUAUACCCUUGACGAUUCCAUCUCGCGGGGCAUCGAUUGUCAUGUCGUACGAUGAGCUGUACACACCAUAUAUCGAGAUGACAUGGCUCCUUCCAUUCAUUCAGCUUGUUAGUCGGUCAACGCCCAACCUGAACGCUGCGGCAAUCAGUGCACUUACUGAUCGGUGGAGGCCGGAGACCCAUAGUUUUCACCUACGGACCAGAGAGAUGACACUGACUCUUCAAGAUUUUUCCAUGAUCACCGCACUUUCGAUCGAGGGGAAGCAUGUCUGUAUGAGCACCGAUUCUGAGGGAUGGCGACAACAAAUGAAGGUCCUUAUUGGUAUGUCACCUCCAGAGCCGGAGGUAGAAGAUGGAGAGAAGAAAGAUAGAGUCCCGGCUGGCGCUCCUUUCACUUGGAUUGUAGCCAACUUUGCUCAUUGUCCUCAGGACACCAAUGACGAUGUGAUCCAGACUUAUUCUCGCAUGUACAUGUAGUAUGUUAUCUCUAGGACUAUA